GUAGCUCACCCCCCCAAAUUCAGAACAACACGUCCAACAGAUCGUCACUUUGUUCGACUAUUGUGGCCAUUGUUGCCGGUGGGUCGUCCCGAAUCGGUGUUGUGUUGUGGUAUAAGUAUACGAGUGUAAUAGUAGUGCUCUGCCUGGCUCGGAUUUUUUCGCUGCCCUCUCAAUCGCAUCAGUCUUGAACGAGACAUUCUUCGAUAGUGACGUGCCUUCUCCUCACUUCCUGAGUUUCAGUUUAUAGUUUGAGUAGAAGUUGAUAGCUGUUUACUUACGUGAGACGACGCCGACAAAACGAGCGCAUUGUUUGCAGGCGGAAAGCGCGUCGCGUGUGGCAGCUCCGUUCCAUCUAUUGUUUGCCAAUCCAUCGUCAUCGGAAACAUCUUCGUCAAAUUGCGGUGACAGUUUUGAAAAGUUUAUCAUCCUUAGCCGAGCUCAAGGACUCGCAAGCUCGAGUGGGAUGUUGAUGAUGGGGUGAUGGGAUACGGAAUGGACUUUUGUAGUUCGAUAAAGGACCCGGCGUGGUCAGACAAAUGGAAACACGCAAGCCGGAAAUGCGGUUAAUCGUGCAGUGCUGAUUGCGCUCUAGGUCCUUGAGGGUUGCGUGGCCCAAAUAGGACAGUUCGUGGACUGAAAUGUGGACUACCGAAGGUGAAAUGGGUACCUACUGUUGAAGUGAUAGUUACGUUUUUAAUUGGAACGAGAAAAAGCCAGAAGAAACAAGUGUCCUUAAUAAUUGCUUUCGAUGCGAUUGAAGUGGAAUAGAAGCUACGGGAACAGCAAGUGCAUGGGAAGACAAACAAACCCAAUUUACACAGUGAUUAAGCAGUUUUACAAGUCGCAGAAGAGCAAGUUUGCAAAGUGACGUCAUUUAUUCAUCAUUAUCACCAACCAAUCGGACCGACGACGGCAGACGGGAGCUAUUUCUGUUACUAUCGCGUUCAUACAUCGUUCAACGUUGCUGCCUUGGCUUAGAUGGGAAUGCAUUAUACAUGAGAGCGGGGGAAAUUGGUAAACACAAUGAUCAUAUUCCUGUACUUGAUACUAGUCCUCGCGUGGGCCCUGCUAAUCGUGAUACUGAAAUGCAAAAAGGCUCGCGCGAAACGCCUCGCCGAGCUACAGGAAGCCGCCCAACCGGUCCACGUGGUUCAGAUUGGUUCCAAUCUAUACGACAUUAUGGCCAUUCAGCACCACCACCACCACAACCGGCCACCGUACGGGACGGUUUACGACUGUCUGGGAACGAACGAUGGCUAUGGCGGUGGGCAGACGCGGUCAUCAACGAGCACCGUCACGCACUCCAAUGCCGCCUUCAUUGGGGACGAUGGGAGUGUCUAUCCGGGCAGUAAUAUUCCACCACUAGAGCCACCGCCAUCGUACGACGAGGUGAUACGGCUACCGGCGCACUACCCCAAGGUGGAAACGUUCGUGCCGGAGAUGGUAGUGCCGCCGCCCUCUUCGCCGCCACCGCCACCUGUUGACGUGACCGGCGGAGGGAGCGGGGGAAGCGCAAAUGCUCCGCCCGUACCGGGUAUGAUUGUUCCGAGCGGAGCCAGCAGGAUCAAAACUAUCUCAGCAGUGACGAAUACCUAGUCCUUUCGAUGGAAGCUAAGCUUUUUGUGGUAUUUAGAAUGUUUUUUUUUUAUUAGAAAGAUUGAUAGUUUCACUUAAUUUUGUUUGAUAAGAUAAUUUAGAUUUAAUAGUUGACAAAUGUGCAAUAAAUUUAUUGAUUCGUGAUAAAAGUGCAA